CAUUAAAAAUAACUGCUGUGACAAUUAUUUUUGUGUUCAUUAAUUAUUUUUGUAUGUCUGAGUCAGUGCAAAAUGGUUACUCGUUUGUGCACGAGCGUUGCGAUGUUAGCGAUGUUAACGACAAUUUGGUGAAAAAUUUCACUUAUAAGUGUGUGAAAGUAAAUCCCAAUAGAUUAUACUUAAAUUUUAGCUUUAUAAGCAACGGUCGUAUCAUUAACGAUAGGGACGGACAGAUAUCCGUCAGCAGUGGAUUUUUCAGAGGCAAUCAGUAUCGGAAGGGGCCCGUUGAGUUUAAAAUGCCAUAUUGCGAGGGUAUGAACCGAAAAGAAUUCGAUAUUCCUAAUCUGCUGAAAGAUUCUAAUGUACAAUGUCCCAUAUUAAAGGGAGUAUUUUAUUACGGGUGUAAUAUAGAACCAAAUGCUACAAAUUUUCCUCCCUUCAUUCCGGAAGGACGAUGGAAACUAAUAAUAAAAUUUAUUGUUGGUUCGGAAACGGCAUUUUCCGUUAAUUGGUACGCCAAAGUUGUUUAUCCUUUACCAGUUACUCUGUAAUUGCUUAAGUACUGCAUUUUUACAUUUUCUUCUUAAUUAUACCUUCAUUUUAUAAAUAAAUCAAUAAUAGACGAGCAGUAAUAAUAAUUCGAAUCAUAGGAAUACCGCCACACAGAAGCAUUUCUUGUUUUAACAACCGUGGAACUAAUUACACUUCUUCUGCUUCUUUUUAUCAAUGGAAUCCCAG